GUGCGAUCAUGACCUGCGCUGACGUUGGACGUUUAGCCAACUGAGCCACCCAGGUGCCCUCCACGUUGGUGUUUUUGAAACUUGUGAGUUGAUCCUGUUGUGCAACCCGAAGGAGGGAUGUGGGCUGGGAUAGACCCCACGCUUCCCUCAGGGACCUUCUUCUUCGGGAGUGGAAUAAACCUACUGGAAUUUUCUGUUGCUGCCAUAUCUCCGUGAAGGAGGAUCUGAAAGGUACCCAUGUCUGGGCGAAGCGCCUGCUGUAGACGUCAUCCGGUUAGUUCCCAUUUCUGCUGGGCCAAGUCUUGGGCACGCCUCCCCGCGAGCGGGAUUCAGCCACAACCCCUCUGAGCUGCCUUCUUUGUGGAAGGAAGAGGGCAGGUUGUGUUCAGCUGGCUGCCUCGGAGCAGUUCUCAGGCGGGCCCUGCCUCCCCGCCAUCUUUGCUGGUCUUUUCAGCGUCUUGUCCCUUCUGCAGGUUUGACACAUGGUGUCCCGCCGGGGUACGGGGGAGGGAAGACGCAGUUUGGGUCCCGUGCGCCUCGUGGUUGAUUCUCGAUGAGGAGCUGGUCCUUUCCACCUGCGUUGGCCGCGACUGUCACGCUCUCCAGCCGCCUGGUUGUACCUGACUGCUCAGAACCUGUCCUCUUGCAGGCAUACUUGGAGUUAGGUGUCGUAGAAUUAUGUCUAGAGUGACCAGGGGCUGAAGAGAGCACGGACUUCUCUCACCUGCUUGUUACCUUACGGAGGAGAAAUCCAGCACCCCCACCCCCACCCCCCCAACAGGUGCGGUGACUUUCCCCAGGUCACGCAGCUGGCUUCUGGGUCCCCUGCUCCAGGGCUGUGUUCUCUGCUGAGAGACUUUGAAGCACAGCCUUGCUUGCGGGAUGGCGUGCUGUAUGUAGCACAGACCGGCAGACAGAGGAGUCCUGGUUCAGAGUUCAGGCCAGUGAAACAGGCCAUCCGUGGCCCAUGGCCCACUUCAACAGUCUGUCCCAUUUGUAAUUUCCUUCCCUGGUGCCUACUCAGCAGGGAUCCCUUAGGUUGCUCAAAGGGUAGGCUCAGUAUAUAAACCCCUAGCGGGGGAAACAGUCCCGACGGAAAAGUCCUAAAACCUUGAACUUGAUGAAAAGGGUUUUGGUUGCUUUGGCCGAGGUUUGUCCACGUUCUCUUCUGGGCCCUGGUAAUGGUGGUAAAUAAGGGCCCUUUCUCCCGUGCUAGGAGUUGGUUUGGGCCUAAUGAGGUGGGAAGAGGGAGCCCGUGACGCCUGCGUUCACGUAGCCGGUGCUGACCGGGCACGUGCUGAGCGUCCCGACGGGGCGCUGGGCACUCCACUUCGUGAGUUCAUUUGAUCCUCCGGGCAGCCUGCGGCCGAGGUGCUUGCUCUGUCCCUUGCUGGAGACGCUAUCCCCCCCGGAGCCAGAGGGGCAGUGGGGUCUCAGCUCAUCCUGGCUGGCUCCAGUCCCGCAUUCUCGCCACCAUGCCGCGUGCGCUCUUCGUCCAGCGCCUGCCUCGGUGGAGAGGCGGUGCGGUCCCUGCCGUAAGCCGGGCGCGUCGUCCUGGGGGCUGUUCCCGGGCCGUUACUGCCUGGGCGCUGUGCUGCUACUUCCAGGAGGGGCUCGGGUGGCCCAGGGGCUCCUUUCUGGCCAGCAGGGCCCGGCCGGGGCCUCUCUGCGUCCCGGUGGCUCUGGCAGUGCCCUGGAUAGAGGAGGCGGCUUCGUGUGGGUCCAGUGCUCCUGCUUGGGGAGGCCACCCUCCUCCCAGCGGCCCUCUGGCUGAAGUGCCCUGACGGACAAGGCCCAGCUGGGAGAGGCCUCGGCCGCGCCUGGAAUUCCCCUCGCUCUGGCAUUCACGUUGGCCGGGGGCCUGGGAGCGGAGGGAGGUGCCAUCUGCCGGCUGGGAGCAGCCUGCCCGCAUGCUUGGAGGUGGAAGGACCGAGUCCUCCAUAGCCGGCCACCUCCACGCUCUGGGGAGUUGACUGCACUUGGCCAUUUCCUGGAAGAGCCCCAGCCCGAGGGCAAGCGGCCGAUGGGGAGCUGUUACUGCUGAUGCCAGUCACCUGGGACGUGCCCAGGAGGUCACCCUCUGCCCAAGUCUGCCCAACCGAAGAUGGCUCGUGCCCACCCUGGGAGGGAGCCCAGUGCCUGAGGUCCUUACCAUGGUGAUGAUCCUGAGUAAAAGCCUCGACAACCAGGGAGCUGACUCCAUAGCAUGCAGGACCUUCAACCCUGAGCUGCACACGCCAAAGAAGAUGAGUCAAGGACCGACACUUUUCUCUUGUGGAAUUAUGGAAAAUGACAGAUGGCGAGACCUGGACAGGAAAUGCCCGCUUCAGAUCGAGCAGCCGAGCGCCAGCAUCUGGGAGUGCCUGCCCGAGAAGUGUCAGGACGGCGCUCUGUGGCACCGGGAGGCAGCGACCGCCUGCGCGGUGACCAACCUGAUCAAAGACCUCAGCCUCAGCGACCACAACGGGAACCCCUCAGCACCCCCCAGCAAACGCCAGUGCCGGUCGCUGUCCUUCUCCGAUGAAAUGUCCAGCUGCCGGACAUCGUGGAGGCCCUUGGGCUCCAAAGUCUGGACUCCGGUGGAGAAGAGACGCUGUUACAGCGGGGGCAGCGUCCAGCGCUAUUCCAACGGCUUCAGCACCAUGCAGAGAAGCUCUAGUUUCAGCCUCCCCUCCCGGGCCAAUGCGCUGUCCUCGCCCUAUGACCAGGCAGGGUUCCACCACCGCUUCGGAGGUCAGCCCUGCCAAGGGGCGCCGGGCUCGGCCACCUGUGGACAGGCGGGCGACAUCUGGAGCCCUGACCCGACCCCCGUGGGAGGCGGCCGGCUCGACAUGCAGCGGUCCUUCUCCUGCUCGCACGAGCAGUUUUCCUUUGCGGAGUACUGUCCACCCUCAGCCAACAGCACACCUGCCUCAACACCAGAGCUGGCCAGGCGCUCCAGCGGGCUGUCCCGAAGCCGCUCCCAGCCGUGUGUCCUUAACGACAAGAAGGUCGGCAUUAAGCGGCGGCGCCCAGAAGAGGUGCAGGAGCAGAGGCCUUCCCUGGACCUUGCUAAGAUGGCACAGAACUGUCAGACCUUCAGCAGCCUCAGCUGCCUGAGUGCGGGGAUGGACGACUGCGGCCCGCACAGCCCCUUUGCCCUCCACGUCGGCAGCACCAGGUCCUGGACCGCCUUGCUCUCGGCCUCGGCCUCCAGCCUGGGGGGCAGGACCCCCGCCGGGACGCCGGUCCCUGAGCCUCUGCCCCCGGCCUUGGACGACCAGCUCGCCCGCAAGGAGGAGCAGUGCUGCGAGGAGUCAGGCGGCUGUGCCCCGGGUGAGGGCUGUGGCAGGGGCUGGGGGCCGGCCACGGCCUGGCGGGACCGCGGGGUGGCCGGGAACAGCCCCUGCUCCCUGGACGGCGAGUUGGACAUCGAACAGAUAGAGAACAACUGAGGGGCAGCGGGCACCGGGCGGGCACUUGAAGCGGGGAGCCCCACCCGGGGAGCUCCCCAGGGGCGUCGGGUCCCGGGGAGCGUGCGCUCUGGCUCCGGAGAGGCUGUCCCGCCCCUGGGCCUGGCCCCGCCGCGCGGCCGACCGCCCGGCUCCUCCCAGCACGGCGGCCGCGUCCGCCGGGCCACCGGAGCCCGAGAGCAGCUUCUUGGUCUGGGCCCCUUCCCUCCCCACCCCCGUUCCUCGCCGGCCACCCCACCGGGCGCCUCGCGCAUCUCCCGCAGGGCUGGACGCUCUGCGCGUGCGACUCCCAGGGGGGCUGGUUGCGGGGCUUGUGCUCAGGGCCAUACGGUGGCGUCAGGCCCUUCCCGGCCUCCUGCUCAGGUUCAUUUUGGGGGGGUCGGCCCCACAGCUUCUUUUCACUCCGUUUUAUUCCGUGCCUUCUCCCCCAGGUAUCCCUGCUCCCGACUUGGGAAGGUUCGGGAGACGCUUCCCUCUGUAGUAACACCGGAACCGUUUGGCCUUAAUUCCAAGGGUGGGAGACGGAGGCCCCUGGGGUGCCGGGAGGGGGCUCUCCACGCCGGAGCCCUGGGGGCCUGGGGGACGGCUCGGGCUGCUCGUUCGAGGCGUCUGCGUCGGGUGGAUAUGGGUGGCUAUGUUGGCCGAGAAGACAGACCUCCUUGCCUCUCCCGCGGCGCGGAGAGCCUGACCCCGUGGCUCUGUGCCACUCCGGGGGCCGCUUGGGCAGGCUGGCACGUGGCAGCCAUUCUCUGUGGCGAAAUGGCCACUGCGUGAUUAGCUUAGCUGAUUCAGGUGAGUGCAGAGAGGUCACCAGUCACGGGAAACCUCUCGAAAACGUCCUCAGGAGGCAGGAGCCGGGAGCAGGUGCACACACCAGGCCCUGUGCACGUUUCGGGGGUGGAGGAUGCCUGUUGGCUGCUCGGGAUGGGGGGGCCUGGGCUGGGGGCCUGCAAGGCCCUCCGCAGAAUUCUAAGCACACUGUCGCUGUCUGGUGGGGACUGCUGCCGGCUUCAAUCAGGCACACCAGCCACCUCCGGGGCGAGCGCCCCCUGCUGGCCAGCGGGGGGAGCAGUGCGCGGAGCAGGCCCAGAGCGCUGUCCCCAGCUCCCCGCACCCCUGCGGACUCCGGGCUCCCGGGGAACCCCGACCCCCUGAGGUUUUGCUCUCGGGCAGCCUGGCCGUCAGACGCCCCACGUGGGCCCUGCUGUCUCGGAGUCUGGCUCGUAGCCAACCUGGCAUCUUCCGCAGCCAGUGGCAAGUGGCUCCUUUCCCCGUAGGGCUAAAGACAACCGGCGCAUUCUCUUGGGUUUGCGGACGUGUGACAGAGGCACGUCCGUAGUCUCUUGUGGACAGCGAGCGCCUCGCUUCCACGGCGUGAGUGCACACGGUUCUCGCGAAAGGCCUUCUUCGGGCAGCUUGACUCACUCCUUCGCUAGAUCAGAAGCUCGGCGCUCAGGUUCUGGUUUCUAGGUGGCGUUCCUUAAAAACCGGCCCUAAGAUGCUCGUAGGGAAAAUCCCCCCUCAGUGGCCCUCCAAGGUCGUGUUGAAAGGCCUCAGGGUGGACGGCAUGGUGGUUGUGCGGGCGCCGGGCAGGCCCCGGGGCCAGAGCCGGCUACGCUUCGGUGGCCCCCACCAAAGCCCCGUCCCCCGGGGACCCCGGAGAGCCAGAGCCGGGAGCCGGUGGCUCUGGGUGCACACGCCGUCUCCCCUGAUGCCCACCCAGUGGGUCCCGGAGGCCACGUCUUAGAGCAAACCCGGAGGAGCCUGGCAGCCUGUGAAUUUAGAGAGCACACGCCGGUGUCUCGUGUCCUCGGAAAGCCUGGGGGGGGGGGGCACUGGCACCCCGCCCCCACCGAGUGGCCGCGGGGGGAGCCGUCCUUCCUGUGGAAGGAGAGGCAGGGCCCCGACCGCUGGUCUACACCACGGUGAGGGACCGAGAGCUGAGCCGGGUAGGCCUGAGCGGUGACCCCCAGCCGCCUUUCCUCAGGCUCAGGCGGGGAGGCGCAUGGCAGUGGGGGUGUCACGGCGCCGUGGGGUGGGUGACCUGCCUUCAGAGCCUGCCGGCCCCCUCCUCCCUUCUCGGGCCUGGUGGCGAGAAAGGAGCUGUGAGCUUGCGAAACGGCCCCGUCCUUCCCGCCUCCUCCCAGGCUGGUCCCGUCGACCCAUAGAUCCAGUCCCAGGGCGCUUUUGGGCAGAAGGUACCGCAGCCCAAGGCAAGAUCUGGCCCUCCGGCCUCCACCGGCCCCUCUCUGCUGUCCCACUCCCACCGAAGCUCCUAGCCCAAGCCUCCAACAGCGGCGGUGCAGUUGGGGGGUGGGGGGAGACAAUGGCCACUGUCCCCUCUGCCCAGAGAAAGAAAGGCCCGUCAGUUAUUUCGUGUUGAGAGAGAGCCGGCCCCCUGCAGGAGGCGCCGCCCCACCGUGCAGGGAGCCAAGUGUAUGCCCACCCUGCCGACCCCAGGACUUCGGUCUUGAGGCGCUUGGAGGGAGGCUCGCCCGGGAGGCUCCCUCUGCGUGUGGCCGUCCCCAUGGGGCAGCCGGUGUGCUGACAGGCUCCCCGCUGUUGUCCAGGCCCUGCCCCUCCUGGUGGGUGCCCGCCACCUCCUGCCCCUGCGGGGAGAUGGGGGAAGUUCAGAGCCAGGAGGGAGGGCUGUGCCUGGCCGCCUGCCCGCUCGGGGGCCCGAAGGGACAAAAGCAGGGUGGUGGCUCCGGGAGGGCUGGGAGGAGAGGAGAGGCGUCCCCACCUGUUCAGAAGGAGCAUCUUCUACAGCCGCCCGACCGACAGGAGCUGCCGGCCGCUCGCAGGCCCGGGCCGGGGUUAGGGCCGAGGCCUCACCGUUUACAUGACCGCAGACCCUCUUGCCUUACUCGCGGCGGAGGCCGGGGCCUGGCCCCGGGCCCGCGGGCAAACACAACAUCCAGGCCGCAGGGGUGCUUGUUCUGAUCAUACGUAGAUCUUCAUUCUCAGAAAGCCUUACUUCUCAUCAAAAUUUUUGUAGCAGGAAAGUUUUGUGAAUUUGUACGCUGGAAGAAAAUUUAAAUAAAGGAAAAGUCCGCAUUAAAAAGAAAACGAACCCAAAUGCUCAAA